AUUAGAAGAUACAUUACUAUUUAGAGGCAUUGAGCACUGACAGGCAACAGUUUAGCUCAGUCGAAUGCAGCUCAACUAGUCUAAAUAAUUACCUCAGAUUACAAGGAAAUCACAUUUCCGGUUGUAGAGUUUUGAAAGUGCAAAGGUUUCAGGGAAAGCUAGAUCAAAAGGAGAGCUGAGGCUGAAUGCCAGCUGGAUUCAGAGGGUUUGGUACGCUUGGUAUAAAUGAAGGGAUGAGGGAUGCGAACGAGGGUCACACUGGAUUUCCUCAUCACUGCUUGCUUUCUGCAGAACCACUUAUAUGAAGGUCACUGCAAAAACAAAGGAGCUGAAUGUUUGAAACCAGGCUUGACGACAGAGACGUAUGGCUACAAAGCUGUCUCCGGAGACGUGUUUGUAAUGCAGUGUGCUAAACCCUACUCUGCUGGUCUCUGUGGACACCUCUACAACAUCUCAGCCAGCCCGGAGGAAGCCAAUUGGUUGAGAUCAGAAAGGGAAACCAACAGUGAUAGAAAGUGCUUCAUAGAUGACGUAGCGGUGAAAAGACAUGGGAACGCGCUUUGGUUUUCAAACGUUUCUGCAAAGCACUCUGGGACGUACAUGUGCUUGACACGUGGCACCGUGCUCAACUUCUCUUUAGAGGUAUUGGACAGAGGCAGUCUCGGGUGUAAGCAUACAGAGCCAAUUGGGGACACUCUGAUACUAGGUCAAGGUGGCAAGAUCUAUUGCCCUGGGGUCAACUGUGGAAACUGCUCUGCCUCGGGGUUCAGAGGUCCGAAUGUCACAUGGUACCAGAAGGAGAAGGCUGUAUGCUCACUGAGGGAGAAGAGGGACAUCUUCGUGGUGGACGGCCAGAUCCUUCAACUGAACAAUGUUUAUGUGACUGAUGCUAAAGAUUAUUUUUGUGACUACACAUGCAGACAAGAUGAUGGAAUCUCCUGGACCGUUAGAAGAUAUUUGAAGGUUUCGGUCAUAGCACGUGACACCCAAGUCCCGCCAAGGAUGAUUUAUCCCCAUAGCAACGAGACCGAAGAGGUGGAGCUAGGUGAGCCUCACACUCUGGAGUGUAGAGUGCAGUUUGGAUUCCAGAAGAACUUUAACCCUGUGGUCGAGUGGUUGGUCAGUUCCCAUGGCAACCCAGGUGUCUUAAUGGAACAUAUUGGUCAGCUGCAAGUGAAUCUGAGUACAAUUGAAGAGUUCAAUGUGGUCAGGACAGCUCAGAUCCCAGAGGUGAAGCUGAUACACCUGGACUCUACCUUCACAUGUCUGGCCCAGAACUCUGUAGGCAACAGCAGUGCUACCAUCAGGUUGAAAAGAAAACCAAAAGAAUCGCUUACUCUUGUGAUCGUGUUCCCAUUGGUGUCUAUGCUGUUCCUGGCCAGCCUCGGCAUUACAGUGCACAUCUACUGGCUGGAGAUCACAAUUCUCUACAGAGUCUACUGGCCAUACAGGGAGAUCACCAUAGAUGAGAAGGAGUUCGACGCCUUCGUGUCCUACGUGCCCAGUACCUCCCGCCCUGAGGAGGUGGGGGGAGUACAUGCGACAAAGGAGCCCCUGGAGGUGCUCCUGCCCCGGGUUCUGGAGGGGACGUGGGGCUACCGCCUUUGUUUGCUGGAGAGAGACCUGCUGCCUGGGGGAGCGUACACGGAGGAUGUGGUGUGGGCCGUUCACAGUAGCAGGCGCCUGGUGUGUCUGAUGAGUCCCGAGUACAUGGCCAGUACAUGCCUGUUCGAGCUGGAGACGGGUAUCCGAGCCUUGCAGCAGAACGCACGCCUCCGGAUCCUCCUCAUCUGGACCGGCACCGGCCCUAACCCGAGGCCUCCCCCCUUCCCCGUUACCGGCCUGGGCACCGACCCCACCGCCGCCGAACCCGGCCACCCCAGCACACCUCUCUCCCUGCCCCGGUCCCCGGGGACCACUGCCGGUCCACUGCCCCCAGUGGUCCGUAGGGCCAUUAGAGUUCUGCCCACUCUGUACUGGAACCCCAGAGACCAGGGACGGAUGGUUACCAGCUCCAACCCUGGAUCGAGGUUCUGGAGAUCCCUCCGCAAGGCCAUGCCGCCUCGGGGGGUGCUGGGAUGAGUCUUGAGUGGCUGUCAGUUUUGCACCAGUUCUCAAGAACGAAACCGCGAUUUACAUCUAAACCUGCCGCACGCAUGUUUUCGAUAGGGCAACUGUGAGGUUUUGUAAUUAUGCAAUGUGUUCAUGAAUCGAUUCAGCCAUUUCCUGUGUGAAAACCUGCAGCCUGCAGUUGUUUCACCUCCUGGAACCCACAGAAAACAGAUGUGUAUAGAAACCCUGCUCCUUGACAGUGCUGUAUUUAAUAGCAGGCCAGUGGUUCAAUGUAUCAUAAAAUAGAAAUGUCCUUUCUCUUUAAAUACACCCUUACCAUUUCCCACACAUCUAAGUCUACUU